ACAUACUCUUACAUACUCUAAUCAAGGGUAUCCACAGAUAUUCCAAAAUAUAUGGAGACACUUUAUCAUGCAUUGUUUGGAAAAACAGCUUUUGUUUGAGAGUGAACUAAAGCUGCAACUAACAAUGACUUUAUUAUUAUCGAUUAAUGUCCUAAUUAUUUUGUGAAUAAUCAGUUAAAUCAUUUAUUCUAUAAAAGGUGCGAAUAACAACAACAAAUUCUGAGAGGCCAAGAUGAUUUCUCAAAAUUGCUUUGUUUGUCUGACUGAUGAUCCACAGGGAGAAGCAGCAUAACUUACAAUUUGAAAAGCUGUGCUUGACAUCUUUUCUUGAUAAAUCACUUAAACAAUGAAUUGACUAUUAAAAUUAUUGACCAUUUUCAGUAGAUCAACUAAUCGAUUAUUUGUUUCAGUUUGUUACAGCACUUCAAUGAAUUGAAGAACUAUAUGCUCAUUCGUUUUGCCUCUCAUUUUUAUGUACAGUUUGGUAUGUCUUGUUGGGGAGGGAGGAUUAAGGAGCAGGAUAUCUUAUUCAUUUUGUUAUGUGCUAUUUUGUUUUGCUCUUUGUUUUUUAUUGUGUCCUUUGGGAAUAUUGUAUUGUGGGAAAAAUAAAGAACAAAUUAAUUUAUUCAAAUCAAAAUUACAAUGUGCCACUACUACUGAUUUUAAUAUAACAAUGUAAGGAACAUUAUGAAGUUACCUCUCCUCUGGAGAAAUUACAGAGGUGGAAAGGGAGUAUGUAGUGUCCAUAGAAAAAUAGAACCCCCCCUGUAAAAUGCAGUUUUGUUUAAUACAACAGUCCAGUCAUAAGUAUUGCCUUAAAAGCCCUUUAUACUUCUGGAGUUUCAUACAACACGUUUGUUUUUCAAGUGUGUCAGGAUGAGUGAUACCUAUGUGGACAAUGAGUUGUUGGACUAUGAGGUGGAUGAGGUGGAGGCUGUAGGGGUCGGGGCAGUUGGAGGUGCAGGUGACAUGUCGGUAAAGAAGGCGGGAGUAAAGGGCUCCUAUGUGUCCAUCCACUCAUCUGGAUUCAGGGACUUCCUGCUGAAACCUGAACUGCUUAGAGCCAUAGUGGACUGUGGGUUUGAGCAUCCAUCUGAGGUUCAGCAUGAAUGCAUCCCUCAGGUAAUUCUUGGUAUGGAUGUGCUCUGUCAGGCCAAGUCUGGGAUUGGGAAGACUGCAGUGUUUGUUCUGGCAACCCUGCAGCAGCUGGAGCCCAUCACUGGACAG